AAACAACAAAGGGGAAAUUUAAAACAAAUUACAAGUAACAUCUUUUAAAUAAAAGUGCACAUGUAAUAAGUCAAAAAUUCCCCUACAACAACCAAAACAAUGAAUAUCAUUAAAACUUGCAGUUUGAAGAAAAUUCUCCACCUGCAGUCAGGGUUUUAAAAUCUGAAAUUGAAGGAAAGGCAUAGCAAACGAACCCAGAAUUUGACGAAAUUCGAAACGUAGUUCGAGGAUAGGCUGAGGAUUAAGCCAAUCCAAGGAUUCGUCAAAAUUCUGCCUUGGGAAGCAUGCCAUAGAGUAAAUUUUUUCAUUUUUUCACAAAAAAUUCAUAUAGUGGUCCUUCAUUUUUGGAAACAAAAGUGAGGACAACACAAUCAUCGUCCAUGUGGACACGAUGCCUAUCGGAUUACUAUCGUUAUUAUCCCGCAUUAUCAAUUCUGAGUCUAACUUACUCGUGCGGGAUAAGCAUCAAUGAAAUCCUUCACUUUUAUAUGCCCGCAUCACACUUAGUGUAACCAUUUGACUCACAUGGGAUAAGGACUUUCUUGCACUUCAUGGCAUGCCUUCAUUCUAGUUAGCCCGCACGACACCUUGAGCAACCUUCUAACCCUUGCGGGAUAGGGUCUUCUUUGCUUCUUCUUGCAUGACGCGGGAUAAGGGAGGCCGCCACCAUAGUCUUACCCUGCAUGACCAUUUUCACUCCAUCAUACACGAUGCGGGAUAGUGUGUAACACUAUUUGCUUUGCUUGAGUGUUAUCCCGCACGACCAUCAUUCUCCAUACAAGCACAACACGGGAUAAUGGGGAGUCUUUAUCUUCUUUGAAACUCUUAUCCGGCACGACUUUUGCUUCUCACAUUUCAAUGUUGCGGGGUAGCACCUUGACAAGUAGUCAAUAACACGAUGUGAAGUGCACACCCUAGAGCGAUAACCUGCCUAACCAUCGUGUUAUGCAAUUCUUCUGCAAUCUUCAACUGAGAUAACCUUUGAGUUAUUGAUAUCUUCUGUUUCAAGACCAACACGACUAACCCGUCGUGUUAUUGACAACUGCAGUCAUAUAUCCAUCGUGUUAUUGACAUUUGCAGUUAUAUAACCCUUGUGUUAUUGACAACUCCAGUUACCUUCUGCAGUUUCAUAGAAUGCGAUAACUUGCUUGUUAUACAAUUGCAGCAAUACUUUUUCUGAUUCAAACAAGCUUGCUCAAUGCUUCUACCACAUCACCGACCUUUGUCUUCUUCAUCCAAAUGUCUGUCCCAAUGACACAUUUCAUGCAUUCCUCCCGUAUCUCCUUGUGCGUAUAACAUAGUGUGUUAUAUGAUGCUGCAACAACACUUAUGCUCUUGGUCAAACCUAUUUGCUCCAUGCUAUCAUUGCUCUAUGGCCUUGGUCCUUUAAUCACUUGCAAGUGCAAUAUCUGACUUCAUGCAACCUGCAUGCAUAAUCAUACAACUUGCACAACUCUACCAUCCCGAUUCAACACCAUAUGAGCUAAUCUGAUCUUCCUCUGAGAGCUCAUUAUUUUGCAUCAUUGUACCUAGCCAACCUGCUGUCCUGCAUGCCUUUGUAUCACAAUCCUGUGGGUGUGGAGCAAUCACUUUGCACAUUCUCUGUCAUGCUGCACUUGUUCUCUAGGACACAUAUCAUCUCUGUUGUUGACAUCAAUCAACUCAGUCAUGCACACACACAUGUUGACAUCAAUGACAACUUCAAUGCCAACAAUUUGUCCUUGCAAUUGAGGUUUUUGGUGAUUAUUUUUUUGUGUUAAAUCUUGGAGUACACUACUCUUGGAAAUAGUGGACUGGUUGAUUUGUGGGAGUUAUGUGCUAUCAUCCAUAUGUUAGCAACCAAACAACCAGUGCUAUGAAUAACUAAAGCAUCUCACCCAUUGGCAUGAGGUAGCUUGCCUCAAGAAGAAAUAAUGAUUACAAAAAUGAUAAUAAACUUAUACAAAUGUAGGUGGACUAAACUAGGAAUGCCAACCUUUGGGAAUUUGUAAGGGUUUUGACUUAAGAGAAUGAAACAUAAUUCUUUUAGCUUGCCCUCUUUAUAAUUAUAGUAGGCACAACUACAUGGAUGUGUAGUUACAGUCACAACCUUGAGAAUUGUAGUGCAGGAAAUAUUAAAUCAGAAAAAUCAAUUUGAAUAAUUGGUUUUAAAAUUGGAUGUCCUUAGUGUAAUGUCCCUACUUUGAAAUAUAAUUUAAUAAUAAAUAAUAAUUAUAAUAAAACUAAAAUACACUCGAAUAAAUAUAAAAAUUAAAUUAAAAUAUAAAAGAAUAUAAUUAGACAUAAUUAAAAUUUGAUUAAAGUUAAUGAAUGGUCAAAAGGCAUGGAAUGAUAAGUUGUGAGAAAUAAAAGGGAGAAGAGAAACUCAUUUGAGCGGGGGAGAAUUAUGGAAAAUGAGAAGUGCAGAUCUGAUUGUGGAAGGUUGUGUCCCUUCAAAGGGCAGAAAGAAUGAAGAGCUGCACUCUUUCAAAGGGUGCUAAUGGUGAAAGGGUGUGUCUCUUGCCAAAGGACAUACAUGAUGAAGAGGUGUGACCUCUCCCUCACAUUGAGAGAUAUAAAGGUAAGGAAUCAAAAGCAUCUAGAGACAUCACCAUGGAUCAGAUCAAAUCAGUUCAGAACUGUUAUAAAGUUACAGGCAGUAACAUCCUUGCUCUUGGUGGUAUUCAUGAGGAUGUUUUAAUAUGUAUGCUUAAUAUAUGAUGCCUGAUAAUGUUCUUAUGCAGAAUUUAAUAGUGAUAUUAAUAUAGACUGCAAUAUGUAUGACAGUCAUACUUAAUUUUAUAUAUAUUUAUUAUACAUGAGAAGUUAGUAGACUUAUAGUUUCAUUCAUGUUAUUACUGUCAGUAUUUAAGAAGAUGGGGAUGAGAUGUUCCAAAGAGGGGCAGUCUAAAUCCAAGCAAUUGGUUAAGUCCCAAUAUAGGGUGGGGAUCAGCGACCCAUAAGCCUUGAGGGAAUAGACCCGAGAUAGGUAAGGGCUUGGAUCUGUAAACUUUGAGGGAACCUAUUGUAUUUGGUCUCUAAGCGCUUUGGUAACAUACAUAGACCCUUCUCCCUUAAAACUGAACUAGUAGCAGGGUCUGACAUCUGUAUUAAGAACUAUGAAUAAUGAAAUUAAUCAUUUAAUGAGGAAAAUGAAUAAGAACUUGUUAAUAACUAAUUGAAGAAUAUCAAUCAAUUUUAGUAUAUUGAAAUAGAUCCGGUAGGGUACAUUACACUUAGGAACUAAGUAGAUACACUAAUCCCAGAAACCAUUUUGGCUGAAAGGACACCUGAUAUCAUUCCAUCUUCUUAUAAUACCAGAUCACUAGAUUAAUUAUGGAACUAGCCCUAAUAAUAUGAAUGCUACACAUUUACACCUAAAUCAUUCUUCAAGCAUUGGAAAAGUUGUUUGCUAUUGCAAAUACCUAUACAUACAAAGAUUCCAUAGUUUCAAAUUCAGAAUCUUAAGAAGGAAGGAGGAGGCUUUUUCACUAUUUCAUUCAGUAAGGAAACACUGUCUUCUGUGGUUUUCCAAACUUCUCUAACCUCAAACCUUUGGACAGAAAAGUAAAACCUGAAAUUGUAAGAAUUCAAACACACUAGCUGACAGAAGGUAGGCUGACUAUUUAUAAAAAGAAUGAACAGUGUGGUAGAAAGCAGAUACAUGUUGUAGCUACUUGGAAAUUGCUGAUCAGAUGCCUGGUAUUGAAUAAUUGAUAGAUACUAGAUACAUAAUGCCUUAUGAACUAGGAGAUCUCUGAUUCAAUUUUAGCCAAACAAAAGCAUUAUGUAGAACUCUCGUUCUAUUGUAUGCUUAUGAUUGCAUAUACUGCAUCAGACAGUAGUACAAGUUUCAUUUCAUUUAGGCCUCCAAAUAAGCAGGUGGAAUUUUCCAUGACCGAUAGAAGUUUUUCAAUACAAAUUGGAAAUUGGGGACAAGGUAAGAUUUAGAUGCUUGAUAGCCCAUGUGACAGCACAUGAUUGUCUCAGAAUUGAUUUGUUUGUCCAUAGUCUCGAUCACAUUGGAGUGCAUAAUUUGCUUUCCUUGCCCCUUAACCCUGCAAAGGUAGCGAGGAAUGCAUAAGAGAUUCUAUUAUUGUUUCUGUGGGCUGGAUGAUCCGGGUUUGUGGUAACUCAUGAGUUGCUGAGACACAUUUGUUAUUUGCUCAUCUAUGGGAUGAUUGGAAAUGUGUUAGGACACUAGGAGGUUUAUGACAUGAAUAUUACACCUAAAUCAACUAUUUACUGAAAGAAGGGAGUAAGUUUGGUUGAUAUAUAAUACAUGCGAUUGCAGUGCAUUUUGCUUCAGUUAUUUUGGAUGUUGUGCACUCGUAAAUUAGUAUCUUUGACUAGUAUUGACAAAAUCAGAAUUUCAAUCAAUAUCAGCAAUUCAUGUAACUCUUGUCACAUACGGUAGAAACAUUUAAUCCAUGUUAUGCAAACAUGUUUUAUACAUGGAGUUCAUGACAUGCAUUGGGAUCUAUUGCAGGAGGGUAGUUCAAUAUCUAAAACAUGCAAUUCUUUAUGUUCAGUUGAUGAAAGAUGGUCAGCCAGGUUCCAAAUUUCCAUACAACAAUAAUUCUCAAUGAGAGGGGAGUUCAAUAUCUAAAACAUGUGAUCCUUUAUGUUCAGUGGAUGAAAGAGGCUCAGACAGCUUUAAAGAAAAUUAUAAACAAAAGACCGACUUAUGGAAGGCUCUUACUAUUUUAGCUUUUGUUACUGCUGGAGCAGCAGUGACAAACCAUUCUUGGGUGGCUUCUCAUCAGGAAUAGUUGGGUGAUGCAGGAUUUGGCAAUGGCGUCAGUAUUUACACUAGGUUAUGCUGGAAUUAUCAUUGAAGAAUCCUUGGCUUUCAAUAAGAGCAGCGUAGCACUUUUGAUGGCUGUUACCCUGUGGGUAAUAAGAAGUAUAGGGGCUCCAUCAGUUGAUGUAGCAGUCCAUGAAUUGAGUGAAACGUCUGCAGAAGUGAGUCAGAUUGUGUUCUUCUUGCUUGGUGCCAUGACUAUAGUUGAGAUAGUUGAUGCACAUAAAGGAUUCAAGCUGGUUACAGAUAAUAUUACCACUCGCAAGCCUCAGUUGCUCCUUUGGGUGGUUGCAAUCAUUACAUUUUUCCUCAGUGCUGUUUUGGAUAAUUUGACUACUACAAUUGUGAUGAUAUCUCUCUUACGGAAGCUUGUGCCUGAUUGCAAUUUCAGGAAACUUAUGGGGGGAGUUGUUGUCCUUGCGGCGAAUUCUGGUGGAGCAUGGACACCACUUGGAGAUGUUACAACUACUAUGUUGUGGAUAGAUGGACAUAUCUCGAGCUCAAGAACAAUACAAGACCUUUUUCUUCCUUCUGCCAUAUCCUUGGUAGUGCCCUUGGCUCUCAUUUCAUUGUCUGGUGCAAUUGAAGAGAGGGAGGAGGAAGUUUCAUAUUCAAUUUCAUCAGAGCAAAUGGCCCCAAGAGGACAACUCGUGUUUGGCGUUGGUAUUGCAUCACUCUUAUUUGUGCCUAUCUUUAAGGCAGUAACAGGACUGCCUCCUUAUAUGGGCAUGCUUUUUGGUCUUGGAGUCUUGUGGAUCUUGACAGAUGCAAUUCAUUAUGGAGAUUCUAGAUGUCAAAGGUUGAAAGUACCACAAGCUUUGUCAAGAAUUGAUAGUCAAGGCAUCCUCUUUUUUCUUGGAAUUCUGCUUUCUGUUGGAAGUUUAGAAGCUGCUGGAAUCCUCAAAGACUUGGCAAACUAUCUUGAUUCGCACAUAUCAAGUGUUGAGCUAGUUGCAAGUGUCAUUGGUAUUGUUUCAGCUGUGAUAGACAAUGUACCACUGGUUGCAGCUACAAUGGGAAUGUAUGAUAUAUCAUCUUUCCCAAAGGAUGCAGAGCUUUGGCAACUCAUCGCACUAUGUGCUGGGACAGGAGGUUCAAUACUUAUAAUUGGAUCUGCUGCUGGGGUUGCAUUCAUGGGAAUGGAAAAGGUGGAUUUUUUGUGGUACUUAAAAAAGGUUAGUGGAUUCGCAUUUGCUGGUUAUGCUGCAGGCAUUGCUGCUUAUUUGGCAGCCCACCACUUCCAUGAUUCGUUAUCGACUAUCACUGCUCAACUUCCCUUAUUUUCAAGUUCAUGAAAUAUUUCCAAACACAAAAUUGAAAUCUUUGUAAAAGUAGCUUGAGCAUAUCUGCUUUCACAAACUGUGACAUGAUAUUAUGGCUUUGUGUAUUUCAUGGAAAUUUUUAACAUAGAAAGAAAAGAUAAAGUUGGAGGUUGAAAGCUACUUUUCACUUAAUGAAAUUCAUCACCUAUAGGAUAAGGCCAUAUAAUUAAUUUACUGAUCUUCAUACAGAUCUUGCAAAGUAUUGCAAGGUAAUACAUUGUUUAUUUUUAUCGAGAACCAUUUUCAAUGGAUCAUAGAGAAAUUCCAUCAAUGAGCAUUGAAAAAGGAAGCUUCUUGACUUAAAAUGACCGCAAAACAUUUGUUGCAGUUAUAUGCUUCAGCAAUUCAGACUGAAAAGCAAUUACCCAGUGUUGCUGAGGAUCAAUUUGGGGAUAUUUGAUGCCUUUGAACAAUGUUAUUCUUAUAAAGCUUUUUGGCUGACUCCAAUUUGCUACAUAUUUGAGGGUAUUUAGUUGAGGUAUUUGUUCACGUGUUCAAAGAAAAAUAUCUAAAUUAGAUUUUAAUGUUGAGAAAUGUAUUUUCAUUGGUUGUGAAAAUGUAAAA